AGUGGAUGUCCUCCGGAGAAGACGUGGCUUCCAUCGAUACAGCUGCCUUGCCGGGUGCCACGGUGAAGGAGUUGAAACAAAAGCUUCAGCGCCAUGUGGGUCAGCCCAGGUUCCGGCAAAGGUUGCUGUCCGUUGCAGGCGACAUCUUGGAUGAUGACAUGGAGGUGACACAGUUACCACCUGAGCCUGUGAUUUUGCUAGUGCUUCUGUCAUUUUCAACCCCUUCCAGCAAAGAAAAGUAUGAGUGGUUCCAUGCAGCGUCAUCCUGUGAAAUUGGGCGGUUGGAGACCUUCCUGCUGCAACCCUAUGAUCCAAAUGUCUUUAGUCAAAAUGGCCAAACAGCUUUGCAUCUACUGGCGGCUGCUGGCAGUGUGGCUUGUUGCCAGUUGCUGUUGGAAGCCAAAGGUGAGAUCAACAAAUUGACGUUGCCCUCUUUUGGUGUCGGCGUUGCACCAUUGCACAUGGCCUGCGUAUCUGGGCAUCACGAAGUGGUACGCUUACUGAUUCAGGAAGCAGCAGACGCAAACAAAACCACCACGGAUGGUGACACUCCUAUGCACAUUGCAGCUUUCAACGGGCAGCUGGAAGUGGUUCGCUUAUUACUUGAUGCUGGAGCAGAUAAAGAAAAGGCCACCAUCGAUUUCAGCAUGGCCUCGCCUUUGUUGGUGGCCUCACGUGGUGGUCACUUUGAGGUGGUGCGCCUGCUGAUCGAGUCCGGCGCUGACCUGGACAAGGCGACCAAAAGCACCGGCUUCACGUCGCUGUUGGUGGCUUCUCAGAAAGGACAUGCCGAGGUGGUGCGUUUGCUGAUUGAAGCAGGGGCGGACAAGGAGAAAUCCUCCAACGGUGGCAUCACUCCGCUGAUCAUGGCGUCUCAAAGAGGUCAUUUGGAUGUGGUUCGUUUGCUUGUAGAUGCUGGAGCAGACAAAGACAAAGCAACUUCACAAGACGAAGCGACACCUUUACUCAUGGCCUCUCAAGAAAACCGUUUGGAAGUCGUUCGUUGUUUAAUCAUCGCAGGCGCUGACAAGAACAAGGCAGCCACCACCAGUGGUGUAACCCCGCUGCUGAUCGCUGCACAGAGGGAUCAUUUGGAAGUUGCAAAGCUGCUACUGGAAGCCGGAGCCGAUUUGGACAAAGCCACCACUGAUGGCACCACCCCUUUGUUGGCUUCGUGUGCAGCGGGACAUCUCCAAAUGUCGCAGCUGUUGGCGGAGCAUGGUGCAGAUCAUGCCGCGGUGCGCGAAGACGGCGCCACCGCAGCCUCUAUGGCCAUGGAGGCUGGACACUUGGAGGUGGAGGAGUUUCUCCAGCAGCUCAGCAAGAAACGCAGAAAGAUUGCAGGUCAGGGAGAAGAUGAUUAAGGCUCAAUUAAGGGAUAUUUGAUAUUAGGGGAUGAUGUUGACAUGUCUUGGAUGGUGCCCCAAGAGCAGUAAGCAGCUUGAGAGAUCCUGAGUCCAAUGACGUGCUCUAGCAAAUGGGAAGAUUGUGGAGUAUUGCAUGAUGAUGGAGGGUUCAAUUUCAAGAAGGAAAAGCCCUGCAACUGGAAAGGGCCCCGCCAGGAACAGUGAAGCCCAGGGGCGUUAUAGUGAGAUGAACGAAAGGGAUCAACCGGUUGCACGCCAAUGGCAUUCAGUGGCCAAAGCUGCCAGAAUGCAACGAAACCCUCAUGCCACAUGGCCCGCGAGAGGGGUUUGUUGAAUUUUAGAUGAAGGUUGGAGGACCCACGCCAAACAUUAGCUGGCAAGGGUCCUACAUCCAGCACAGUGCAAAGACCUUGGGCAACAGCACAGAAUCCGUCGGAAUCCAAGGUCUGCGUGCACUAUCACUGCUGCUUCACAACGUUGUAGGCAUAUCGGCAUAUCGUACAAAGUGUUUGAUUCUAGGUGCCAUGAGUGUCAAGAGUUGCGGAAAUCAACA